AUGACUGUCCCGGAGAAUGAAGAUAUCUUUCCCGCGAAGAUGGAACCCGAACAUAUCGGCUUCGACCACAUCCAUUGGUACGUCGGCAACCCCAAACAAGCCGCUUCAUAA